AUGAGAGAUUCCAUUCCAAGAUCACUGCGAUUGAGGAUUCAAAGGACAUCGACAAGAUUCCGUGACAGAGUUGAUGUAUAUCAUCAGCUUGAUGUGGCGGAUCCUGCUAGUAUAGCUUCCUUUGCAGAUUUCAUUAAAACCAAAUAUGGGAAGCUCGAUAUAUUGGUCAACAACGCUGGGAUCUAUGGAACUAUAUUAGAUGGAGAUGCUUUAGCCGCUUCAGGUCUUGGUAAGGAUGAGGAAGGUGCCAAUGUAGAUGUUGAUUGGAGAAAAAUAUUGACCGACACUUACGAGUUAGCUGAAGAGUGCCUGAAAAUAAACUACAAUGGCGCCAAAGGAAUGAUUGAAGCACUUCUUCCAAUCCUCCAGUUGUCCAAUUCACCAAGGAUUGUUAAUGUUUCCUCUUCCCUUGGGCACUUAAAGGAAAUACCAAGUGAAUGGGCUAAAGAAGUGUUAGGUAAUGCUGAAAGCCUAACAGAAGAAAGAGUAGAUGAGGUAUUGAAUGAAUAUCUAAAAGAUUUUAAAGAGGGUUCCUUGGAAACCAAAGGCUGGCCAAGAUAUUCGUCUGCCUAUGUGCUUUCAAAAGCAACUCUCAAUGCCUACACAAGGAUUGUGGCUAAAAAGUUCCCGUCUUUCCGAGUCAAUUGCGUCUGCCCUGGCUAUGUCAAGUCAGAUUUCAACCACAACACCGGCUACUUGACAACUGAUGAAGGUGCUGAAAGUGUUGUAAAGUUAGCGCUCCUGCCCAACGAUGGUCCUUCUGGCCUCUUCUUUUCUCGGAAUGAAGUGACAACUUUUGAUUGAGAUUAUUCAUUUCUACCGCUUCUCAAAGAUAUAAAUACUAAUAAGUUUGUACUUUUCCUGGAAUUGUUUACUUUUUGUAUUUUGAAUCUCAAUUUGAUAGGCUAUUUGAAAACCAAUGUCUAUAUCGUUAGAAUUGAUUAGAAUUGAGUUC